CUCUGGGACUCACCUCAGGGCGAGCGGGCUCCACAUGCGCGGGGACUGCCGGCCUGCCGCGCCGCGGUGCUGUGCAACCCGACUGUCCGCAGCGUUACACGCCCGCACGGCGGAGGUUCCGGGCCUCUCUUCCGCCCCAGCGUAGGAGCCUGCGCGGUACCAUGACCCGGUGGGGCAGAGGUAGCGGUGUGCGCCGGGAAUCCGGCGCCGGCUCUAUGCCGGGCUGCCAGAGGGGCCCUGGAGCGAAGGGAGAGGGGGGGGGUGAGGCCUGGCCCCGCCGCAGUCCUGGGAGCGGCUAAGGAGUGAGCCAAAGGCUGUGAGCGCCAGGCGGGUGUCAGCUCAGCGGGGAGGUCGGCGAUUUCGAUCCUUUUUUUUGUCAAACAUCAUGGAGAAUUUUCUCUUGGUUUUGACACGGGAUGGUCUGGGGGGUUGUUUUAUUUUGUUUUAGUUGUUUGGGUUUUUUUUCUGUCAGGUAAGGAUUUUAGUGAAAGCCGCGGUCUGUCGAGAUGAGUUUUCUGCUGCCCAAGCUGACCUGUAAGAGGGAAGUGGAUCAGGCAAUAAAAACGGUGGCCGAGAAGGUUUUGGUUCUCCGGUUUGGAAGAGAUAACGAUGCUGUUUGCCUGCAGCUCGACGAUAUUCUUGCAAAAACAGCUCAUGACCUGAGUAAAAUGGCAGUCAUUUACCUGGUGGAUGUCAACGAGGUUCCAGUCUACACCCAGUAUUUUGACAUCAGUUAUAUUCCAUCUACUGUAUUUUUUUUCAAUGGACAACACAUGAAGGUUGAUUAUGGGUCUCCAGAUCACACCAAAUUUGUAGGAAGCUUCAAAACAAAGCAAGACUUUAUAGAUCUGAUUGAAGUGAUUUACCGUGGAGCCAUGCGUGGAAAGCUCAUUGUGAGAAGUCCUAUUGAUCCCAAUAACAUUCCUAAAUAUGAUCUUCUCUACCAAGGAAUUUAAUGGGCUGCCCAGAGGUAAAGAAUUAUAGACAUGGCCAAUGUUCUAGACCUAUUUUUCCUUCAAGCAUUUUUGGCCACCUUUGAACACCAUGGGACAGUUUGAAGGAUCGUAUUGGUCUCUUUCUGAAAACAGAGAUUCUGUCACCUCAUACUUCUCUCCUAAACAAGCAACAUGUGCAUGUGUCGAAUUCAAGCAAGUGACUGUUAAGUUGCUUGUUGACCAGCACCUACGAUACAGGCAAGUGGUAUGCAUCCUCAGUGACAGCAUCUCCAACUAAAAUGUCAUGUAGUCUAUUAAUUGUCUAUUUAACACCAUUUUCAUUCAACUGACUCUGCCUUUCCAAUGGAAUUGUACACUUUUACCCAUUACUGGAUAACAGGAUGGAAGCUUUUUCAAAUGGUAUUAGAGGUUACUGAAAUCUAAAAUGGAUGUAAACAGAAAAGGGAAAUAUUACUGUUCUAUCUUAUAAUAUUACUGGGCUUUGACUAAAAUGGGAACUGAAGGUAUAGAACAAAGUUUUGUCAUCCUUCAGAAGUCUUUCGUAGCUGCUGAACACUUUUUGAUUCCCACUGGAUUAAACUGUUUUAUUUACAAUUGCUUAAAA